AUGUGUUAUUUUUUUUCGAAUUUCUGUAGUAUGGCUCCUAGAAAGGGUCAAAAACAGCAAGGUGGAGAACAAAAUAUUUCCCUCGGUCCUCAGGUACAACCAUAAAAUUAUUUCCUUUAGAGGUGUUUAUUGUAUUGUACUUUUUGCUUUUGUAACUCGACCGAAUACUGGACUCAAAAAUGCAGUUAUUUGCUGCAGGUCCCGUAUGAUCUUUGAAAUAAAUUUAAAGGUUUCCUUACUUUACAAUUCCUCAAUCGAACUCCAGUCAAUCUUUAAGUAAGCUGGUUACAUUAUUAUUGAGAUAUUUUAAAAAACUCUCCUCCUUAGCGGCGAGAAUAUUGUCGAUAAUGUGCUUACUGUGGCAGUGCCAUUUUACGGGGUCUUGUCAUUGAGUUCAGCAAGUUUCAAAAUAGCUAGCAAGGCCACAUUUGAACGUUCCUUAUGUUUACUCCAACACAGCCUGUGUGCGGCAUACAUGUUUAGAGUAUGACAUCUUCGGCAUUAUACAGAGCAUCCGCUUUUUACUGUUCAUGUCCAAUCCAGCUGUAAUUCCCUUUUAUGACUGUGUGUUGUUUCGUUGUUCAUGUAAGUGGGAAGUAAAAUCAUUUCACCAUUACAAUAGACAACAGUGUGGUCUCAGACUAUUAAACUUUCUUGAAUUUUCAGGCCAGUGAAGGUGAAGAUGUUUUUGCUGUAGCUCAUAUCUUUGCUUCAUUUAAUGAUACCUUUGUUCACAUCACUGAUCUGUCUGGAAAGUAAGUGGAGCAUUAAUUUUUAUUUUAUUAAUGUGAAUUGAAAAACUGAGCAUAAUUAUAUAGCCCAUUUAAACUCAUCACCAAUAGAUGAGCUUGGGUGCUGGUACCUAUAAAGUUGAGCAAUAGACGAUAUUUGUAUUCCUCGACGGUCCUGGGAGGAGAGACUUCUCAGCAUGAUUGCGAGGCUAAAGCGAGGAACUUUUUGGCAAAAACACAAACAAACAUUGAUUAGUUGCGGCUGAAUUGCUGCAAAACGAUAGAAAUCAGCAAAAGAACUACAAGGUUUUAAAGCUGAAACCUUACGGGUAAGCUAAAGGGAUAUAUGUUUCAAAAAACAAAACUGUGAGAAGAGGUGGUCGUACUAACAGCAAAAUUUAAAAAGACACGAAGGCAAAAGAAGAAACAAGAAGUAAUCAAGAAAAUGGUACGUUGUGUCAAAAUGUCAAUACUCAAAUCCUUUUAUACAAUUUUAUUCUUAUUAUUCUUCUUUUCCUCUUGUGUGUAUCUGUAGUGUGGAGUUUAAACUGCUCAGUAUUAUCGUCUGUACCAAACUCUGUGUUCAACUGCAUGCACGUUUUUGUACUCUCACACAGUUGUUAUCGAUUAUAAUGUAACUUAAAUUUAAAAAUAAACUUUACCUAGUCAUCUUUGUUCAAACCAGUUUAACUUCCUUAAACUGCACAUGGACUGUUUGCAGAAGUUGUGUUAACAUCACUGUUAACUUUAUUGCAGGCUUUCGAUAAUUACGUCCAUUUUAAUAAAAGGUAUUCUUCAAAAAGUUUAAAGGACACUGAAAAUUAAAUUAAAAUGGCUUCAGGGAUUUUGAGAACAUCUCUGUUUAUAUUUAAUUAUGAACUUGCUCACCAUUAGCACUCUUCUCAUCAAUUUAAUUGUGAUUACGAUCACUGUUUUUCUUAGUAAUAAUGAGCAGAUCUUCCUUUGUUGUUUGAAAUAAUGAUCUCUCUCAAGUGUGUAAGCCGUUCAGAACUUUCAAUGUUAAAAAUUUUCCUUAAAUUCGGCAAACUCAGCUGCAGUUUUCUCAUAUUUGUUUGUCCUCUUGGCGAGAAGUUCCCCGCAUGAGCCUCGCAUUCAUGAUCAAGGCCUACUCGUCCCAGGACAGUCGGAGAAUACGAAUACUGUCUAUUCAGUGGUAUACUUACCGACCAAUACUUUACCUGGCCCUUACCUCAAGAGGUAGGGAGGGAUGGGAAAAACCAAAGCACAAAAUGGCGCGCAAACAGCAAGCUACUGCAACAACACUUUGCGAAGAACUACAAGCAAGCAGCUGCAUAUACAAGUCAUGAGACUGAGCUUGGCUUCAGUUGCAGUUUUUCUUGAAGCUAUUUCUUCUUUGAUUUACAAUUUUGUUAUAUUUCUUAGGGAGACAGUGGUACGAGUUACAGGAGGAAUGAAGGUGAAGGCUGAUCGUGAUGAGGUGAGACAUAGUGAACUCAAUAGGAACCAAGUGGACACAGCGACUGUACUUGAGCUUAUGUGGGUUGUCAUAGCAAAGAAGUAACAAUGUUGCAGAGAAUAUAAAUUAUGGCAUUAAUAUAAGUCUACCUGCUGAUUUCGUGCCCAAAAUAAGCAGCAUUUAUCAAAGAGGUUUAUUUUUCUUAUUUGAGUCCGAUCAAAUUCUUGUACAUUUUUUGGACUUAAAAGCAAAGUGCUGACUUGUAGACAUGUGACUCAAAGAAAGAGAGAUUAUUUGCAGUUCUUCAGGUGUAAUAAAUGGCUUUUGGACAGCUGUACUUGAUAUGUUUCACUGUCAAGUAAUUCUCUAGAAAUACAAAUUAACAUUUUAAGACCUGUCUACUCAAUGGUGGAUGGUAAAAUCCAUCAGUUAAAUCACCAGUCAGUGUAUACUUUUAAUCCAUUGAAUAGCGUGUUCAACUUUAAACAUUUUGUUAAAAUUUGGUCCUGUUCUAAUCUAGCCUGCAUUGCAGACGAAACUAAACUCUGGUUAAGUCCGUCUGCGAAACAGUGCCGAAAUCCUUGUUCUGGCCCCUACCUGUGUACCAGUAUUUGAGUAUGCUCCAUGAUUGGCCUGUUAAAAAUGCCAUUUUGUCUUUCAAGAUGAAAGGAAAUUCAAAACACUCUUCCAGUAAUUUGUUGACUACAUUGGGGCUCAGAACAUGGAUAUCAGUGCUGCAUCAUAGAGGUUGCUUAUCGAGGUAAAAUUAUGUCUGCGAUACCAGCUGGUUCUAAUCAUGUCAUGCUGAAUUUUUGUACCAGGCCUCCCCAUAUGCUGCCAUGUUGGCUGCUCAAGAUGUAGCUGCCAGGUGCAAAGAAAUUGGCAUCACAGCUCUGCACAUCAAACUUAGGGCAACUGGUGGUAACAGGUUAGUCCUAGAGGACAUCAUUACUUUGAAAUGCCUUCCUGACUUCCAAAAGCUGAGCAAAAUAUUUGUAAAACUAGUCAGUAACCAAAGGUUAGGGAAUGAGGGCAUGAUUGAUCAAAAGUCAAAAUACAAUGGCUCCAACACUGUGCUUUGAGUGAGUUUUACAUGAUAAAGGGUCCAAAUGUGCAUGAAUACAGGUAUAUUGCGUUCUUUGCAUUCCGUUCAUUUGAUGUGGAAGUUGAAACAAACUGCUGGCUACAAACAUGCUGUGCAUUAGCCGGCGUAGCUGGCCUUUUUUUGUUUUUGGUGUGGUUUUCUUUUGUGGUUCAUAAAAAAGAUAUUCAGCCGCACAAAAGCUGAUCUGAGGAUGAAAAAGAAAACAAUGGGGGAGGGGGCGAGGAGCUUUUGCAUGGCUGUAAAUCCUCUUUUGCGAACCACAAAAGAAAUACACAACAGAAACUGCCAGCUGCGAAGGCUAGCUGCGCGUGUGUGAUAGCAACCUAGGGAUUAGGAUUGCACGCUCUUCUGGUCACCCCAGAUUAUUGGAAAAUGUUGUAUUUGCAAUGUAUUGAAAUCUAGGUGAGAUAAUUUGUUAGUGCUAAGCAAGCAGUGAUGUCUUUAAUAUACGCUGACUUUCCAGUGAUAAGAAACACAAUCUGAGCUUGCUGCUGUUGUUUCUCACAUCUUACUGGUAAAUGGUUUUUUGUUUGACUUGUUUGUCUUCUAUUUAACAAUGACACCUUCUGUGUUUGUAUUCAGAACUAAAACCCCUGGCCCUGGUGCUCAGUCUGCUCUCAGAGCUCUUGCGAGAUCAGGAAUGAAGAUUGGUCGUAUUGGUAAGUAGGAACAGAAUUUGUAGUGAUUUUUUUGUUUGUUUUAUAUUAUUAAUUUUUUAUGUGACCUGGCUUAUACAUGACCUUUUCCUAAUUUCUAGUGAACAGUUUGUAAAUAAGCCGCUAUCUUCAUGUAAAAUUCAUCCAAAUAAAACCCUCCUCAAAUUGUAAAAGGACUUUUUUGUCACAAAUUUAAAUGUCCAGUCUAGUUGUUACUUUGACUCAUCAGAAAAAUCAGUUUACUGACGCACUAUCAGUGAAAAUCGUAAAAAAAUAACAUUUUCGCCUGUGAGCUAUCAGACGUUGCAUGUCAAAUAAGCGGACGUUGUGUCCGGCCUAAAACGAAACCCCUGUACCCCAGUCACUUUCCCCAAUAGCAGCAAGUUAGACUAUUAAAUGUCCAUCUGGCCUUGUGGAAUUUUUCCUGUAUUAUAUUAUUAAGCUUACAUUAUAUGGUAAUUAAAGUAACAUGAUUUAUGUUAAUCCUGCCUGUUGUUUUGAUUUUCUUAACAGAGGAUGUUACUCCCAUUCCAUCAGACAGUACAAGAAGAAAGGGUGGUCGUCGUGGACGACGUCUGUAA